GCCUUUGAAAGAUGGGAGAAAUGCCUGCUGCCUCUCCAGUUGGCUUUGGAAUCCAAGAAUGUGAAGCUGGCCCAACAUGCUUUGGCAGGGAUGCAGAAGCUCCUGUCGGAAGAGAGGUUUGUUUCCAUGGAAACAGACUCUGAUGAGAAGCAGCUGCUCAAUCAGAUCCUGAACGCCGUGAAAGUGACACCCUCGCUCAAUGAAGACCUGCAGGUGGAAGUGAUGAAGGUUUUACUGUGCAUCACCUACACCCCGACAUUUGACCUGAAUGGAAGUGCAGUGCUGAAGAUAGCCGAGGUGUGCAUCGAGACAUACACAUGCAGCUGUCACCAGCGUAGUAUAAACACUGCUGUGCGGGCGACCCUCAGUCAGAUGCUGAGUGACCUGACUUUACAGCUCCGACAGAGGCAGGAGAACACGAUAAUUGAAAACCCAGAUGUCUCGCAGGAAUUCGGGAGUCAAGGGUCAACAGUAGAGACCCUCUGUGACGACGUGGUCUCUGUCCUCACUGUCCUGUGUGAGAAGCUACAAGCCUCCAUAAAUGACAGCCAACAGCUACAGCUUCUGUACCUGGAAUGCAUCUUGUCUGUGCUUAGCAGCUCCUCCUCCUCCAUGCACCUGCACAGGGGCUUCACCGACCUCAUCUGGAAAAGCCUCUGCCCUGCUCUCAUCGUGAUCCUCGGAAACCCCAUUCAUGACAAAACCAUCACCGCUCACAGCAGCAGCACCAGCACCAGCGUGGAGUCAGACUCUGCCUCCCCAGGCGUGUCUGACCAUGGUCGGGGCUCAGGCUGCUCCUGCACCGCACCAGCCCUCAGCGGGCCCGUGGCUCGCACCAUUUAUUACCUUGCAGCUGAGCUUAUCCGGCUAGUGGUCGUGGACUCCAUGAAGCCAGUGCUCCAGUCCCUCUAUCACCGUGUGCUGCUGUACCCCCCACCCCAGCACCGCGUGGAAGCCAUCAAGAUCAUGAAAGAGAUACUCGGGAGCCCACAACGUCUCUGUGACUUGGCGGGACCCAGCUCCACUGAGCACGAACCCAGAAAAAGAUCAAUGUCCAAAAGAAAGUCUCACUUGGAUCUCCUCAAACUCAUCAUGGAUGGCAUGACAGAAGCAUGCAUCAAGGGUGGCAUUGAAGCCUGCUAUGCCGCUGUGUCCUGCAUCUGCACCUUACUGGGUGCCCUGGAUGAGCUCAGCCAAGGCAAAGGCUUGAGUGAGGGUCAAGUGCAGCUGCUCCUCCUGCGCCUUGAGGAGCUGAGGGAUGGGGCUGAGUCCAGCCGGGACUCAGUGGAGAUCAACGAGGCUGACUUCCGCUGGCAGCGGAGAGUACUGUCCUCUGAGCACACGCCCUGGGAGUCAGGCAAUGAGAGGAGCCCGGACAUCAGCAUCAGUGUCACCACGGAUACUGGCCAGACCACCUUGGAGGGAGAGCUGGGCCAGACGACCCCCGAGGACCGCUCUGAGAACCACAAGAACGGGCUCAAGUCACCAGCCAUCCAGGAGGGCAAGGAGGUGCUGACCAAGGUGGCAGAAGCAGAGGCAGCAGACCAGCCCGAUGUGGUCCAGAGAAGCCACACUGUCCCUUACCCUGACAUCACCAACUUCCUGUCGGUGGACUGCAGGAUGAGGUCCUGUGGUUCUAGGUACAGUGAGAGCAACUUCAGUGUAGAUGAGCAAGACCUGUCCAGGACGGAGUUUGACUCUUGUGACCAGUACUCAAUGGCAGCAGAAAAGGACUCUGGCAGGUCUGAUGUGUCAGACAUUGGCUCUGACAACUGUUCGCUGGCUGAUGAGGAGCAGACACCUCGGGACUGCCUGGGUCACCGGUCCCUGCGGACAGCUGCCCUGUCUCUCAAACUGCUGAAGAACCAGGAGGCUGACCAGCACAGUGCCCGGCUGUUCGUGCAGGCCCUGGAAAGCCUCCUUCCCCGGCUCCUGGCCCUAUCCAGUGUGGAGGAGGUAGACACUGCCCUCCAAAACUUUGCCUCUACUUUCUGCUCAGGCAUGAUGCACUCCCCCGGCUUCGACGGGAGUAGCAGCCUGAGCUUCCAAAUGCUGAUGAACGCAGACAGCCUGUACACGGCAGCGCACUGUGCCCUGCUCCUGAACCUCAAGCUCUUGCAUGGCGACUACUACAGGAAGCGGCCAGCCCUGGCGCCUGGCAUGAUGAAAGAGUUCAUGAAGCAGGUGCAGAGCAGCGGGGUGCUCAUGGUCUUCUCCCAGGCCUGGAUCGAGGAGCUGUAUCACCAGGUACUCGACAGAAACAUGCUCGGAGAAGCUGGCUACUGGAGCAGCCCCGAGGACAGCAGCCUUCCUCUCGUUACCAUGCUGACCGAUAUUGACGGCUUAGAGAGCAGUGCGAUUGGUGGCCAGCUGAUGGCCUCGGCCUCUACAGAGUCCCCUUUCACCCAGAGCAGGAGAACGGAUGACUCCACCGUGGCAGGUGUGGCAUUUGCUCGCUACAUCCUGGUUGGCUGCUGGAAGAACCUGAUUGACACUCUGUCAACCCCCCUGACUGGCCGCAUGGCAGGGAGCUCCAAGGGGCUGGCCUUCAUUCUGGGAGCUGAGGGCAUCAAAGAGCAGAACCAGAGGGAGCGCGAUGCCAUCUGCAUGAGCCUGGACGGGCUGCGGAAAGCUGCACGGCUGAGCUGUGCCCUAGGGGUCGCUGCUAACUGCGCCUCAGCCCUUGCCCAGAUGGCGGCUGCGUCCUGUGUCCAGGAAGAGAAAGAAGAAAGGGAAGCCCAAGAACCCAGUGAUGCCAUAGCACAAGUGAAGCUAAAAGUGGAGCAGAAACUGGAGCAGAUGGGGAAGGUGCAGGGGGUGUGGCUGCACACAGCCCAUGUCCUGUGCAUGGAUGCCAUCCUCAGCGUGGGCCUGGAGAUGGGAAGUCACAACCCGGACUGCUGGCCACAUGUGUUCAGGGUGUGUGAGUACGUGGGCACAUUGGAGCACACCCACUUCAGUGACAGUACCUCACAGCCCUCUCUGACCAUCAGCCAGCCCCAGAAGGCAUCUGGGGGCUCUGGACUCCUUGGGGACCUUGAAUGUGAAGGCUUAUCUCAAGAGCAGAACCUGGAGCAGGGGCCCUCCCUGAGCACAGCCCCUGUGGUCCAGCCCCUGUCCAUCCAAGAGCUCGUUCGGGAAGGCAGCCGGGGCCGGGCCUCAGACUUCCGCAGCGGCAGCCUCAUGAGUGGGAGCAGCGCCGCCAAGGUGGUCCUUAGCCUUUCCACCCAGGCAGACAGGCUCUUUGAAGAUGCUACAGAGAAGCUGAACCUCAUGGCCUUGGGAAGUUUCCUUUACCAGCUGAAGAAAGCAUCACAGUCCCAGCUUUUCCAUUCUGUCACAGAUACAGUUGAUUACUCUCUAGCAAUGCCAGGAGAAGUUAAGUCCACCCAGGACCGAAAAAGUGCCCUCCACCUGUUCCGCCUGGGGGACGCCAUGCUGAGGAUCGUGCGGAGCAAAACACGGCCUCUGCUCCACGUGAUGCGUUGUUGGAGCCUUGUGGCCCCGCACCUGGUGGAGGCUGCCUGCCAUAAGGAAAGACAUGUGUCUCAGAAGGCUGUGUCAUUCAUCCAUGACAUCCUGACAGAGGUUCUCACUGACUGGAACGAGCCGCCCCACUUUCACUUUAACGAAGCUCUCUUCCGGCCUUUUGAGCACAUUAUGCAGCUAGAGUUAUGUGAUGAAGACGUCCAAGACCAGGUGGUCACAUCCAUCGGGGAGUUGGUGGAAGUGUGUCCCACACAGAUCCAGUCGGGAUGGAGGCCCUUGUUCAGUGCCUUGGAAACAGUGCACAGUGGGAACAAGUCAGAGGUCAAAGAGUACCUGGUUGGCGACUAUUCUAUGGGGAGAGGCCAAGCUCCAGUGUUUGAUGUGUUUGAAGCUUUUCUCAAUACCGACAAUAUCCAGGUCUUUGCUAAUGCAGCCACCAGUUACAUCAUGUGCCUUAUGAAGUUUGUCAAAGGUCUGGGGGAGGUGGACUGUAAAGAAAUAGGAGAUUAUGUCCCUGGGUCAGGAGCCACAUCCACAGACCUGUGCCUCCCUGCCCUGGAUUAUCUCAGGCGCUGUUCUCAGUUGUUGGCCAAAAUCUACAAAAUGCCCUUGAAGCCAAUAUUCCUUAGUGGGCGACUUGCUAGCUUGCCUCGAAGACUUCAGGAGCAGUCAGCAAGCAGUGAGGAUGGAAUCGAAUCUGUCCUGUCGGAUUUUGAUGAUGACACUGGUCUCAUAGAAGUUUGGAUCAUCCUGCUGCAGGAGCUAACAGCAGCUGUGUCCAAUUGUCCACGUCAGCACCAACCCCCAACCUUGGAUCUACUCUUUGAGUUGUUGCGAGAUGUUACCAAAACACCUGGACCUGGGUUUGGAAUCUAUGCAGUUGUUCACCUUCUCCUUCCUGUGAUGUCCCUGUGGCUCCGUCGCAGCCACAAAGACCACUCCUACUGGGAUGUGACCUCUGCUAACUUUAAGCACGCCAUUGGACUCUCCUGUGAGCUGGUGGUGGAGCACAUCCAAAGCUUCCUGCACUCAGACAUCAGGUAUGAAAGCAUGAUCAACACCAUGCUUCGGGAUCUCUUUGAGUUGCUGGUGGCGUGUGUGGCCAAACCAACGGAAACCAUCUCCAGGGUGGGCUGUUCCUGCAUUAGGUACGUUCUCGUGACAGCGGGCCCUGUGUUCACUGAGGAAAUGUGGCGGCUUGCCUGCUGCGCCCUGCAGGAUGCUUUUUCUGCCACCCUGAAGCCAGUGAAGGACCUGCUGGGCUGCUUCCACAGUGGCACCGAGAGCUUGAGUGGGGAAGGCUGCCAGGUACGAGUGGCAGCCCCCUCCACCUCUCCCAGUGCGGAGGCUGAAUACUGGCGCAUCAGAGCCAUGGCCCAGCAGGUGUUUAUGUUGGACACCCAGAGCUCACCAAAGACUCCAAACAACUUCGAUCAUGCUCAGUCCUGCCAGCUCAUCAUUGAGCUUCCUCCUGAUGAGAAGUCAAAUGGACACACCAAAAAAAGUGUGUCUUUCAGGGAGAUCGUGGUGAGCCUGCUGUCUCAUCAAGUGCUACUGCAGAACCUGUAUGACAUCCUCCUAGAAGAGUUUGUCAAAGGCCCCUCUCCUGGAGAGGAGAAGACCAUGCAAGUACCAGAUGCCAAGCUGGCGGGCUUCCUCAGAUACAUCUCCAUGCAGAACUUGGCCGUCAUAUUUGACCUGCUGCUGGACUCCUAUAGGACAGCCCGAGAGUUCGACACCAGCCCGGGCCUGAAGUGCCUGCUGAAGAAAGUGUCUGGCAUCGGGGGCGCUGCCAACCUGUACCGCCAGUCAGCCAUGAGUUUCAACAUCUAUUUCCACGCGCUGGUGUGCGCUGUGCUCACCAACCAAGAAACCAUCACUGCCGAGCAGGUGAAGAAGGUCCUGUUCGAGGACGACGAGAGGAGCACGGAUUCGUCGCAGCAGUGCUCAUCUGAGGACGAGGACAUCUUUGAAGAGACGGCACAGGUGAGCCCCCCGCGGGGCAAGGAGAAGCGGCGGUGGCGGGCGCGGCUGCCCUCGCUCAGCGUGCAGCCGGUCAGCAAUGCCGACUGGGUGUGGCUGGUCAAGCGACUGCACAAACUGUGCAUGGAGCUGUGCAACCACUACAUCCAGAUGCACUUGGACUUGGAGAGCAGUGUGGAGGAGCCCCCAGCCUUCAAGAGUGACCCCUUCUUCAUCCUGCCCUCCUUCCAGUCCGAAUCGUCCACCCCAUCUACAGGUGGCUUCUCUGGGAAGGACACACCUUCCGAGGAUGACCGAAGCCAGGUCCGGGAGCACCUAGGCGAGUCGAUGAGUCUCAGGGUGAGUGGUGGGGAUAUGCUCAUGGUGCCUCCCAGUCCCAAAGUGGAGAAGAAGGAUCCCAGCCGGAAGAAAGAGUGGUGGGAGAAUGCAGGGAACAAAAUUUACACCAUGGCAGCCGACAAGACCAUCUCCAAGUUGAUGACUGAAUACAAGAAGAGGAAACAGCAGCACAACCUGCCCACCUUCCCCAAAGAGGUCAAGGUGGAUAAGAAGGGAGAGCCACUGGGGCCCAGGGGCCCAGACUCGCCGCUGCUUCAGCGUCCCCAGCACCUGAUGGACCAAGGACAGAUGCGCCAUUCCUUCAGCGCCGGCCCUGAGCUGCUGCGACAGGAGAAGAGGCCCCGAUCUGGCUCCACCGGGAGCUCCCUGAGUGUCUCUGUGCGAGAUGCAGAAGCUCAGAUCCAGGCGUGGACCAACAUGGUGCUAACGGUUCUUAAUCAGAUUCAGAUCCUUCCGGACCAGACCUUCACUGCCCUGCAGCCUGCAGUGUUCCCUUGCAUCAGCCAGCUGACCUGUCACGUGACCGACAUCAGAGUUCGUCAGGCUGUGAGGGAAUGGCUGGGCAGAGUGGGCCGUGUCUAUGACAUCAUUGUGUAGCAGACUUGGAUUCCAUCCCCAAGGAAAUGAGAUAAUGAGGGGUAGAUUCUGCCUGCCAAUCCAACUGAUGGCAUUUUCCCCACCACCCACCCCACUUAAGGCUAGGUCUCAGAGAAGGUAGUUCUCUGAAACGUAGUAACAAACCUUUCUACCCGCAUCCUAAUUCAUCAACCUUGGGCCAUUCUGGAUACCAAGAUGGUAUCCAGAUGAUACAAGUGAUCAUCUGAUUUUGCACAUUAUUACAGAAGAGUUAACAUUCCUUGAUAUAUUUCUAAUCUUGAAGUUGAUUUCCAAGUGUUUUUGCUUGCAGUGUUAGCCUCAAAUGGGUUAUUUUCAAGGAUCACCCCCUUGAAAAUACUACAUUGGUCCAUUUGAUCUAGCAUUUUAAAAAUAAAUGCAAGUUCUAAGAAAAUAUCUGCUGGUAAGUCAAGCUGAUAUAUAAACACUCAGACAUCUAGUAUCAGCCAUUAUUAAUUGGCAGAAAACCUAUAUUAUGGUUGGAUUUGGCUGGGGAAAAAACUAUUGCAAAUGUAUUUUUUUCAGUGUCAUAAUCAAGAAAGAAAUGACUUCUACUAUAAAAUAUUCCAGAACAUUUCAACAUUAAUCCUAAGUUACUAAGAUUUUCAGGUUAGUAUUUGCCAACUUCCCCAUGUAAGGUACUAUUGUGCCUUUAUUUCUCUAUUUCUAAAGGAAGAUGUUCUUUCCUAGCAGGGUUUUAAGUCUGUGGUUUGACAGGCUUUAACACAAAACACCCAGUGGUAUUGGCUGAUGCAUAUGUUGUCAAGAAACUUGAGACUGACCAGCUACCCUGCAUGUCCCAUUAGUCUUUGCUUCUGCUCCCAAGGCAGACAAGAAAAGGAAAGAAAAAAUGGUGCCUUAAUCCUUCAUUGCACAGACAUUUCUAUGCCCCACAAUUAUCCAAACAUAAGGUACAAAACUUGGUUUUUAAGAGAACAAAAUAUUAAGUUGAAACUCAUUUUAUAUCAGUACGCUUGGAGGAAAAGAACUCAGGAGUCCUCCAUCCAGUGAGCAGACUUCUCAGGGAAGGGGGCAGGAAGUGCCAGGAAGAUAGCUGGAAGGGGUGGGUUAGGGGACCAUGAUGGAAUCAUGUCAAAUCUUAAACUAUGAUAGAAAACUUGUGAAAUUGUGGUGUCUGUUAUACAGGCUCUUAUCUCAGAAGAAAAUAAAGGGGAGAGGACAUGAUGAAGGUUAGAAAAUUAAUUUUUCUAUUGAAAGUAUUUCUUAUUUCUCCUCUCUAGCAAGUGAAGUUACAAUGUUUCAAGGGCCCUUUUAUUCA